CCGUGACGCGAGGCGGAAGUCGUCGCUCACUGUCAGCAGAUAGGAAAUGGAGAGUGAAGGGGCCUCAUCGAUACAUUAGCGGUGUUGAAUGUGAUCGAUUACUCUGAUGUUGAUGAACGGAACCCAUGGAGACCCAUGAGGAGAAGCCCAUCAUCUACACGAUGGAGAACAAACCCAUAGUGACCUGUGCGGGCGAUCAGAACUUGUUCACGGCCCUGUACAGCUCACUGACCCAACAGUUGCCCAGAGAACCCAUGGAGUGGAGAAGGUCUUACGGACGAGCACCAAAGAUGAUCUAUCUGGAGGCUAAUUUUGUCCAGUUUAAAGAGGAAUUGCUUCCUAAAGAGGGAAAUAAAGCGCUGCUCACGUUCCCCUUCCUGCACAUCUACUGGACCGACUGUUGCGACACCGAGGUGUACAAGGCAUCGGUUAAAGAGGACAUGCAGCGCUGGCAGGGCGUCUUGCGUCUCCACGGGUCAGUGGACUGGCUCAUCGUGGUGGUGGAGAGUGACAACAAGAAGAAGAACAAAACCAACAUCCUGCCGCGCACCUCCAUCGUGGACAAGAUCCGGAACGACUUCUGCAACAAACAGAGCGACAGGUGUGUGGCUCUGUCUGACCCUCUGAAGGAGUCGUCUCGCUCUCAGGAGUCGUGGAGUUCGUUCCUCACUAAACUGCGCACGCUGCUGCUCAUGUCCUUCACCAGGAAUCUGGGCCGCUUCGAGGACGAGAUGCGGACGCUCCGAGAGAAACGCACUGAGCCCGGCUGGAGCUUCUGUGACUACUUCAUGGUCCAGGAGGAGCUGGCGUUUGUGUUUGAGAUGCUGCAGCAGUUUGAAGACGCUCUGGUCCAGUAUGAUGAACUAGACGCUCUUUUCACACAGUAUGUGCUCAACUUCGGCGCUGGAGAUGGUGCCAACUGGCUGGGUUCGUUCUGUCAGCCGGUGCGGAGCUGGAACGGGUUGCUGUUGCGCCGACCCAUCGACAUGGAGAAGCGUGAUCUGAUCCAGAGAGGAGAGGCCAGUCUGCUGGAUCUGCGCAGUUACCUGUUCUCCCGCCAGUGUACGCUGCUCAUCUUCCUGCAGAGACCCUGGGAGGUGACGGCCCGUGCGCUCGAACUCCUGCACAACUGCGUGCAAGAGCUGCGACUGCUGGAGGUGUCUGUGGUGAGCGGCGCGCUGGACUGCUGGGUGUUUCUCAGCUGUCUGGAGGUGCUGCACAGGAUCGAGGGCUGUUGCGACCGCAGCCAACUGGAGGCCAACUUCUCUCACACCGUGGGCCUGUGGACAUACGCUACUGAGAAGCUGAAAUCUCUGGGUGAUCUGUGUGGUCUGGUGUCUGAGAACGGCCCAAACUCUGAGGACCUGAACAAAACCGUUGACCUGCUGGCUGGUCUGGGAGCAGAAAGACCGGAAACUGCGAACAGCCUUCAGAGUCCAUAUAAAAAGCUCAAGGAGGCGUUAUCGUCCGUAGAGGCCUUUGAGAAACACUAUCUGGAGCUGUCUCACGCCGCUAUGGAGAUGUACAGGGCGAUCGGCCGGCUGCGUUCGGCUCGGCUGGUUGGGAAGAGUCUGGCUGAGUUCUACAUGAGGAAGGGAGACCCUCAAAGUGCUGAGAAUUUCCUUCUGGAUUCCCUGAAGUCGUACGUGUCCGAGAGCUGGAGUUUACCGCUCACACACACGCGCAGACAGAUCGCAGAGUGUCAGAAACAGCUGCAGAAGAUGGACGAAUACCUGCAGACGAGCGCUCUGCUCGCCAGCGAUGCCAACCUGAGCGAUGAAGAGAGGAAGCACUUCUGCCAGGAGAUCCUGACCUUUGCCAGCCAGACCGCAGAGAACAAAGGUCAACAGAAAGACCCGCGUGUUGCUCUGAGCAUGAGUUCGUUCACUCAGCUUCACGAGUUGCGUUUCCGUCCCGCCUCGGCACUGGUGCACGUCGGUGCCGUCCUGCAGCUGGAGCUGCAUCUGUGCAGUCUGAUGCCUGUGCCCGUACGGGUGGAGCAGCUCGCCGCCAGCGUCCACUUCGCCGGGGAGCAGCCCGGCACGACGGCUCAGAAACGAGCCGCUCAGAACCCGGACGGUACCGUCACGUUCCCGGCGGCCAGUCCGGUGUCGGCGUCUCCGGCGCUGGAGCUCUGCGAGAUCCAGGAACACAGUCCGUCUGAUAACGCGCUGAACACCGCCGGCGUGGUCUGUAAGAACAUGCACCUGCUGAUGCGACGCCACGACAGCACCACGUCCCUCGACACGCCCAUCACUGCGCCGUCUGCGCUCGCUAUGGAUGAUGGAGCUCAGAUGCUUAAGGCUCAUGAUGUCACUCUGUUGCCUGGCAACAACAGCAUCGUCUUCACCGCACCAAGUCAGAAGCCCGGCACAUACACUCUCCGGCAGCUGGGCGCCACGGUGGGCCGCGUCCAGUUCGUUCUGCCUCAUAUUUACCCUGUGGUUCAGUAUGAGGUUUACUCCCAGGAGCCUCAGCUCACCAUCCAGCCUCUCACAGAGAACCUGUUGGCUGGGUUACCGCAGCAGGUGAAGUUCACCAUCCUGACGGGUCACUACGCAGUGAAGAAGGGCGAUGCUCUUCAGCUGAGUAACACAGACUCCAUGCCGGUGCUGCACUCGUCCACGUGCACCGCCCGCAUCCUCAGCAGCACCGGAGAGCUGGUGGGUGAGAGCGCUCUGUCCAUCCAGUCGUCUGAGAAGGUGACGAGCAUCUCUCUUCCUCUGACGCCACCCUACCACACGCUGGAGUUCCUGCUGGAUGUUCUGUGUCACAUCCCAUCAUCCCCUGCGCGGGUGGAGAGCGAGCAUCUGACUAACGGUCAGAUCAGUCAUCGCGCCCGCAGCAGAGCGCGCUUCAACAGCGGGAUGGCCGUCAUUGACCAGAAGGUGUCUGUCGAUUGUCCCUGGUCCAUUUACUCGACACUGGUCUCUCUCACCUUCCAUGUGCCCUUUAAAGUCAAACACUCAUUGCUGUCUGCAGGACGGAGGAAGUUCAUCCAGGUUUGUCUUCAGAAUGUAUCGGACACUAAUUUUAAGCUGACUAAUCAGACGCUGGCUGAGAAUCAACACACGCCGUCACUGGAGCUGCUCUCUCUCAACACUAAAACACAUAGCGUGGUGUUCAGUCAGCAGUGUGUGUUCAGCGUGUGGGAGCUGCGGUGGAGCGGCGUGCCGCCCGUCUCUCUGCAGUGUGUGUUCUCGGCCAGUUUCGCUCCUGCAGACGCACCGGACGCGGCGCUCAAACCCUACAGCUACGAGUUCGCAGUGGAGAGAGUUUCCACUCUGUACAGCGUGAGAGCGGAGAUCCGUCCGGCCGCAGGCGAGCAGCACUGCCGCACUGGCACCCUCUGCAGGCUGGAGGUGUCGCUGACACGCCUCACUGAACCCAACGACGCGGACCGGUCCGACGAGGAGUUCAGCGAGACGGAAGGUCUUCGCACUUCACGACUGAUGUAUGAAGUGAUUGACAACCACAGUAACUGGGCGGUGUGUGGCAAGAGUUCAGGGGUCGUGUCUAUGCCGGUCGCUGCCAUGGCGACGCACAAGGUUCAGAUGGAGAUCAUGCCUCUGUUCGCGGGUCAGCUGCCCUUCCCCAACAUACGUGUGUUCAAGUACCUGCCGCAUCACGCCAGCGUCGUCAUCCAGCCCGACACAGACUCGUGUCUGGAGAACGACAGCCUGUCGGUGCUGGAUAAGGCUCUGGAGGAUCAGGCGGACACGGCGAGUCUGCGGAGCCGCGGGAGCGUUCAGUCUCUGGGCGAGCAGCAGCCGCGGGGCGUCCCGAUGCCCAAACGCCAGGCCUUCGGACCCGGACAGGUGUUCAACGGCACGCAGGGACGCCAGGUGCUGGUGCUGCCCGGCACCGACCAUCACGUGCUGGAGGUCAACGUCACAUGACCCCGAUGGACGGCCCCGGACGCCCAUCUCUGCCGGACGCUCUCAUUGGGUCGCGGGAAACACAAACGGACGUGUAUGACUGGAGCCUGACACUGGCUUUAAUUUGACUUCAUUCUUACUCCGUCACGAGACACUAGACGGCAUCCCUCAGACAUCCCAUAAUGCCUUGCAGCCCCUCCUCUCCGUGCUCAGGUGUGUGUGUGUGUGUGUGUGUGUGUGUGUGUGUGUGUGUCGCUUCAUUCGCUGUAUUCAGUGUGAGUGUUAGUGACGAGAGCGCCACCUGCUGUACAUACUGUUGAAUACAUAGAUGAUAUUUGAAGAGAAGCAUCGGUCACUGAAUCAAUGAUUGUUUCACUGGGAUUUUGGGGAUUUAGAUAUUUAACUUUUUUAUUUUUUGAAGGUUUCCGGGGAAAACGAACAUUUGCGCUUUAUUGACUUUAUUGACACAGUGUUGAUCGAACACGCCCCUUCCUGCUGACAUCACAUGAUUGAUGUGUCGUCGAAUGAUCGUAUUUACACAAACACGGCAUCAGAAAAUCAGAACGACAAUAAAUGUUGUUUUUGUUUCA